CCUGCCGGCGUCCAGCCCGCGGCCCCUUGCCUCGGGCACCAUGGACACCUCCCGGGUCGGCGUGCUCCUGUCCUUGCCCGUCAUGCUGCAGCUGGCGGCCGGGGGCGGCUCGCCGCUGCCGCGGGGCUGUCCCCCGAACUGUCUGUGCGAGCCCGACGGCAGGAUGCUGCUCAGGGUGGACUGCUCCGACCUGGGGCUCUCGGAGCUGCCCUCCAACCUCAGCGUCUUCACCUCCUACCUAGACCUCAGUAUGAACAACAUCAGUCAGCUGCCCCUGAGUCCCCUGCACAGUCUCCGCUUCCUAGAGGAAUUACGUCUUGCCGGGAACGCACUGACGUACAUUCCCAAGGGAGCAUUCGCUGGCCUGUACAGUCUCAAAGUCCUCAUGCUGCAGAAUAAUCAGCUAAGACAGGUACCCACAGAAGCACUGCAGAACUUGCGAAGCCUGCAAUCCCUGCGACUGGAUGCCAACCACAUCAGCUACGUGCCUCCCAGCUGUUUCAGUGGCCUGCAUUCCCUGAGGCACCUGUGGCUGGAUGACAACGCUUUGACAGAAAUUCCUGUCCAGGCUUUCAGAAGUUUAUCGGCAUUGCAGGCCAUGACCUUGGCCCUGAACAAAAUACACCACAUACCAGACUAUGCCUUUGGGAACCUCUCCAGCUUGGUAGUUCUGCAUCUCCAUAACAAUAGAAUCCACUCCCUGGGAAAGAAAUGCUUUGAUGGACUCCACAGCCUAGAGACUUUAGAUUUAAAUUACAAUAACCUUGAUGAGUUUCCCACUGCAAUCAAGACACUCUCCAAUCUUAAAGAACUAGGAUUUCAUAGCAACAAUAUCAGGUCGAUACCUGAGAAAGCCUUUGUAGGUAACCCUUCUCUUAUUACAAUACAUUUCUAUGACAAUCCCAUUCAGUUUGUUGGAAGAUCUGCUUUUCAACAUUUACCUGAACUAAGAACACUGACUUUGAAUGGUGCCUCACAAAUAACUGAAUUUCCUGAUUUAACUGGAACUGCGAACCUGGAGAGUCUGACUUUAACUGGAGCACAGAUCUCCUCUCUUCCUCAAACCGUCUGUGACCAGUUACCUAAUCUCCAAGUGCUAGAUCUGUCUUACAACCUGUUAGAAGAAUUACCCAGUUUUUCAGUCUGCCAAAAGCUUCAGAAAAUGGACCUACGACAUAAUGAAAUCUAUGAAGUUAGAUUCGAUGCUUUCCAGCAGCUGCUCAGCCUCCGGUCCCUGAAUUUAGCUCAGAACAAAAUUGCCAUCAUUCAUCCCAAAGCCUUUUCCACCUUGCCAUCUCUAAUAAAGCUGGAUCUAUCGUCCAACCUCUUGUCGUCUUUUCCUGUAACUGGGUUACAUGGUUUAACUCACUUAAAAUUAACAGGAAAUCAUGACUUACAGAGCUUGAUAUCAUCUGAAAACUUUCCAGAACUCAAGGUUAUAGAAAUGCCUUAUGCAUAUCAGUGCUGUGCUUUUGGAAUGUGUGAGAACGUCUAUAAACUUUCUAAUCAGUGGAAUAAAGGUGACAACAGCAGUGUGGAUGACCCGCAUAAAAAAGAUGCUGGAGUGUUUCAGGUUCAAGAUGAGCGUGACCUGGAAGAUUUCCUGCUUGACUUUGAGGAAGACCUGAAAGCCCUCCAUUCAGUGCAGUGUUCACCUUCCCCAGGCCCCUUCAAGCCCUGUGAGCACCUGUUUGGAAGCUGGAUGAUCAGAAUCGGAGUGUGGACCAUCGCGGUUCUAGCACUUUCUUGUAAUGCGUUGGUGGCCUCCACAGUGUUCAGAGCCCCUCUGUACAUUUCCUCCAUAAAACUGUUAAUUGGGGUUAUCGCUGUGGUGAACAUGCUCACGGGGGUCUCCAGCAUCGUGCUGGCUGGCGUGGAUGCAUUCACUUUUGGCAGCUUUGCACAACACGGAGCGUGGUGGGAGAAUGGGGUCAGUUGCCAAGUCAUCGGGUUUUUGUCCAUCUUUGCUUCAGAAUCAUCUGUUUUUCUGCUUACCCUGGCAGCCCUGGAACGUGGGUCCUCUGUGAAGUGUUCUGCAAAAUUUGAAUUGAAAACUCCUUUUUCUAGCCUGAAAGCGAUCAUUUUUCUUUGCACCUUGCUGGCCCUGACCAUCGCCGCCGUUCCGCUGCUGGGCGGCAGUGAGUAUAGCGCCUCCCCGCUCUGCCUGCCCCUGCCCUUCGGGGAGGCCAGCACCACGGGCUACAUGGUGGCUCUCGUGUUACUCAACUCCUUUUGCUUCCUAGUGAUGACCAUUGCCUACACCAAGCUCUACUGCAACUUGGAAAAGGGGGACCUGGAGAGUAUCUGGGACUGCUCCAUGGUGAAGCACAUCGCUUUGUUGCUUUUCACCAACUGUAUUCUUUACUGCCCUGUGGCUUUCUUGUCCUUUUCCUCUUUACUGAACCUCACAUUUAUUAGCCCUGAAGUAAUUAAGUUCAUCCUUCUGGUGAUCGUCCCACUGCCUGCCUGUCUCAACCCCCUUCUAUACAUCUUCUUUAAUCCCCAUUUUAAGGAGGAUCUGGGGAGCCUGGGAAAGCACGCCCACUUGUGGACAAGAGCGAAACACCCAAGCCUGAUGUCUAUUAACUCUGAAGAUGUCGAAAAGCAGUCUUGUGACUCAACCCAAGCCCUGGUCACUUUCACCAGCACCAGCAUAGCCUACGACCUGUCUUCCAAUUCUGUGUCAUCACCAGGUUAUCCAAUGACAGAGAGCUGUCAUCUUUCAUCAGUAGCAUUUGUCCCUUGUCUCUAAAUAAUUUGUGAGAGAAAAUGCUUCCAAAUGUGAGGUUGAGCACCUCAGAGCAGUAGCUAAGAAGAGCUGAGUUGAAACUUGGUUAAAAAAUGAACAAACAGAACUAAGCAUGAAGAAGCCGAAAACCUAUUGAUACUUGAGAGUGAAAAAUAAGUCUAAAUGCUGCUUGGAUAGUUUGUUCAACUAAGGGAUGGACCAGUCACAAUAUUUAGAUGAACCCCAAUCGAGAAAACAGAUUGAAAAUUCUUCGGAAAAGAUAAUCCACGUUUAAAAUUGCAUUGUCUUUAAACUCACCAGUAUAUUCAUGUAGGGGAGAGGAAGAUCAUUUGCUUACAAAAUGAAUUUAUUUAGACCUGAAAAUCCCUUCAAAGAUGGCUGAAGAUUUGAGGAAAAUAAGAGUUUUAAACAGUCUAGAGUACUAAGGAAAUGCUGUGCCCGAUAGGAUUUUAUUCCAAUGACCACACGGAGGUGUUUUAAUCUUAUUUUGCAUUUCUUCAAAAGGAUACUUCAAAGUCACCAGUCUUUAGAUGGAUAAGGUAAGGAAGGCAUUCUCAUAUUCAGAUCAUUUUUAGAGUUAACUAGGUUUUAUGUAUCAGCACUAGAUUGUUUUACCCUUAAUGGAAUAAAACUUACAAAUAGUUUGAAAGGAAAAUUGGGUGAAAUUUUUACACUAGUACAGUUAGUCUUGUCUAAUUCAGUUUUAAUUCCUUGGUGCCCAAAGCUUAGAAGGCAAAUCCAUUGCCGGCAAUGGACCUACCUAGAAAAGAUAGAAGGUCAUGUGGGAUUUUUUUUCUUUGUGAAUGAGUGCAUGUUUUCUGCAAGAAGAUUUAUCACUUGAUUCAAACCAAUAUGCAUCUUACAAUAAUGGUCAAACGCAGGCAUGACAUAAUUUAUGUCUGCUGGUGUAAUCUCUUAAACAGGUAUCUCCAGUAGCUCUUGCAAAGAUGUCUGACUCAACUGCGACUCAGUAAUGUGUUAUCCUGUUUGGUAACAUGUUAUCCUGUUUAUUUCACUUGGUUUUAACUGUGUUCUCCUUGGAUCAAUCCUCUGAUAAUAGGAACAUUACUUCUCUACUUAUUCCAUAUUCAUUUGUAUAUUAGAUAUUUUAAGAGACAAAUUAUUAAAUAUUAAAAAUCAAAAGAUUAAUUCUUAAUUUUUAUUACCCUAUGUUAGCUUCAAAACAUCCAAAGCAAAAGGUUAUUAGGUAGAUUUAUUUUUAUAAAAGCAUGUUUAUUUUGAUCAGAUGUUUUAACUUGGAAUUGAAAAAGUACAUUUAUGAGAUAUUCUAUAAGAUGUGUAAAUAUAGAACUGUAUUUAUUACUACAGUAAAGAUGCAACACCAUUAAGGACAAUGCUAAACCAUGUACAGUGGCAUACUCUUCCACAUACAUUGUGUUUCUCUGCCUGUUUUCUUUAAAUUCAUUAACUGUAUAUAUGUAAAUAUAUAGUACAUGUAAAUAGAUUUCAAAUUAGUUUUUCUAUUGGAUAUAAAUAAAUUUGUAAUAAAAUGUGUGACUAUAAAAUAAAAUAUCUUCAAGUCUC